CCAUAAGACUUAUGAAUAAGCUCUCAAUUUUCAACAACAGUGGAAGGUAUUAAUUUCAAAAAGUCUAAGAAGUGAUUUUCAUUGACAUCGACCUCCAUUAGCUUCUUUGUAAACCUGGCUUCACAGAUGGCGUCACAUGCAUGUUUGACUCUCUCCAAGGUCUUGCCAGGGAACUCAUACAAGACUGCAUGGUAAUCGACAUUGGUGUAUUGGUAAGUGUAGUUCAGAAUUUUCUUCAGAUGCUUUAUUUCUCUUUUAGAGAAUGUAUCACUGAUCUUAUUCUUAAUCCUUCUUGCAAGCUCUUUGAAGGAAGACUUCCAGCCAAGAACCUUGUGCAAUCUGCGAAUACUUUUAUGGCGCUUGGCUGAGUUUAAGUCAAGUGUCUGUAACUCAGAGAAGGAUAACAUGUUCAAGUCUCACAGAGUUUGGAUUGUGUGAAAGAGAAUCUUGUCUUCCUUCAAACCCCACCGCUUUCCAUCACCAAGAGGAGAUAUCUUGAGCUGACUUAAGCAAAUGGGAGCAGUUUUAUUAGAUGAUGUUUGAAUGCUGAAUACGUCUCACAAUCAAUAAUUGUUUGGAUCUAGAGGAUUUUCAAUAUCUCCUUUAGAUUUGACCCUCUCUGAAUUAUUCUUGGAGAGUGUAUUCACACUUAAGUCUUCCUCAUUCUGCUCUGGAAGCUCAUCAGAUAGAGCAGGGAAUUUGAAAUGAUAAAUCUCAUCUCCCUGACUCGUCUCUUCUUUUAGUGGGCUUUCAUAGGGAGGAAUAAAUUUAUACUCUGACAAAACCAUUGGUGGAUCUAUACCAUUAAUAUUAGUGUCUUCCUAAAAUAAAUGAAUAUAUAAUGAGCUUUAAUGUCUAAUAAUCGAAGCUAUGAAUAAAAGUAUGAUCAGAUUUACCCGAAAGAAAUCUUCUUUUGAUGAUUUUAUCAUAAUUUCAAAAAUUGUGCAUCUGACAAAAAGUGAAAUCCUGAGUAUAGAAUAACCCACACGCAAAUAGUACCGAAUAUGAUCAGCAAAGUUGCAAGAUUCUUAAUUAUUACUGACCAUGGUCUUUCUUUGCAGAACAGAUUAAAUUUACAGGACUUGCUACUUCAUGCAAUCCUAGUCUAACAUACUCGCAUUGUCAUAUCCUAAAAUUUAGUUCUGGAAGUUCAAACUUUAGAAGAGCGAAAUAAAAACAUCAAGCUGAAUAUCAAGAGGAGUAACCUGGAUUGGUUUAUCUCUACCCUCAGUGCGGUUUAGAGCAAACAUAUGAUAUAUAUUAGAACCUUGAGCUUAUAGAGCUCUUAAUUUUCGCUGAUUUUAGAAUAUUUCUUCAACCAAUUUGGAUCAUUAACAGACUCGAAGCACUUAUUAUGAAGAAUAUUCCCGAUAUAAUAUACCUAGCAUAUUGUCUAACUUUAGUUAUUGCAGUGAGCUCAGGUUUUAGUAUUAACAAGGGCCAACACCUGAAUUACUCUCCUAGUUCUUUUUUGAUAGUCAUGAUUUAGAAAAACUUGAUCAGAAUAUAUUCUUAAAUGCUAAUCAUAAAAUUUCUUUCAAUCGCUCUUUGAUGAUGUUGAACUGGCUGAAAGAUAAAGUGAGAACUACGCUACCCUUAAGCUAAGAUGAACUAAAAUGGCUGAAUAAACUAGUUAAGAAGGGACAAAAAGACCUAAUUUUAGUGAUUACUUGAGAGACCUUCCAAACAUUGAGUUUGAGAACUUUAUAACAGAGUCAAAAAUCUUCACGACUGUUUCAGAGUUCUCGGCUCAGCUCUAAGAACUCACUGUCCUAGAACUUCUUGUAACGCCCAAGAUUAGCAUAUCUUAACUCAUAUAAGCUAAUGCUGAAAUCCUUUCCUCCUAAAAUUUC